UAAUCCCUAUGAGUGCGAGGGUAAAAUUGUCUAACAGUCACGCCAUCGAAGCCCUUUUGCCCAAACGCAAACCCUCCGCUACUUCACCUUAUUCGACAAACGUCCCCCCACAGUUUCAAUUCUCCAUCUCCUUCUCUUUUCUUCUCUCUGUGUGGAUUCGUUUAGGCCUUGAUCCAAAUGGCAAUGGCUGGGAGAAUCAGAUCAAGCGUCCCUCGCCUUACUAAGGCUCUGAUGUCCGAUUCUGUAUCAACUCAGAGAUUGAAUGUCGAGCGAGCUUUGAUCUGCCCUAAUUUCACCGAUCCCCAGGUGGUGCAGUCAAGGAACUUCGCCUCUGCUUCUUCAACAAAGGAACCAAAGAUUAAGGAAAUUCUUGGGAAAGGAAAGAAGGUUAAGCUUGAACAGAAGAUUGAUCCAAGUAUUCUUGGUGGGCUUGUGGUGGAAUUUGGUCAGAAGGUGUUUGACAUGUCCAUAAAGACACGUGCCAAGCAAAUGGAGAGGUUCUUGCGAGACCCCAUCAACUUUGAUGCCUAAACCGCUUGUGUUUGUUGUUCUUUAAUCAUUUACACUCCAGGCUUUUUGAAAUUACUUUCUUGCCCUCAUGAUAGCCUUCGUUUUUCAUUUCUUUCCCCAUGGGUUUGUUUGUGCAAAUAAGAAACCGUUGAGGUAUUGUAUUCUCUUGGUAUACAUGAUUAAAUACUGGGGGAUAUCUUUCAUGAUAAAGAUCGAGAAGGAUAUUUAUGUUAUUUUGUACAAAGGAUAGACCGAAAGCUGGUUUCUGUCCUAUGUUCCAAGUUUUUAGACAUGACAAAAAUUUGUUAUUUUUCUCCCAUUAACAUUUGAUUUAAUCUAGGGCGUG